UGGAAAACGUGUAUAUAUACAUAUAUAUAUAUACAUUGCUGAUAAGCUUAAGCUUCCCGAGAAGGUAUAAAAAAGACGGAUUCCUCCAAUAGUCUUCAAUCAUAUUCGCCAAGCAUGGGACGUUCAACGUUAAUCGCAGCUGUUCUUCUAAGCUGCAUCCUUAUCGGCAAAGCCUGUGAUUAUCAAUGUGCUUUAACAACAGAAUGUGCUGAAGAGGCCCCUAUAUUUAACUACCGCCAUUCAAAAUGCACUGAGCCUAAAAUUUGCUGUGGAGUUUUAAAAAACAAUAUUUAUUCGUCCAAAAAGGCAGAAUUUCAAACUCAGCUAGAUUGGGUUCAACCGCAAUCAAUUCAAACUCAGCCCGAUUGGGUUCAACAGCCAUCAUCUGAUUACCCUCGUAAUCCACCCGUUCUAAUAAAACCAACUGAAGAACGAGACGAUUUUCAGGAUAUUUACAAUAUACGAAAAUACCCCGAGCCACUACCUACCACAAAUCCACCCGUUCUAACAAAACCAACUGAAGAACAAGACGUUUAUCCGGAUAUUUACAAUAUACGAAAAUACCCCGAGCCACUACCUACCACAAAUACUUGGCCAACAGAAAAUCCCACUCAACUUUCUGAAAAAAACAACAAGUGUGGCAUCAGCAACGAAAACGGAUUGUAUAACAUCUACAACAUCCAAGCUAACCAAGCAAAGCCCGGUCAGUUCCCUUGGGCCGUGGCUCUGUUUAACGAUGGAAAUUAUUUCGCGGGCGGAUCCCUGAUUAAGCCAGGAAUCGUCCUGACAGUUGCUCACUGGCUGGUGGAUAAGAACGAGACCGACCUCACAGUCAGGGCUGGCGAAUGGGACCUUUCAUCGGAAAACGAGAGAUUUGAAAAUCAGGAGCGCCAAGUGCAACGCAUGCUACUUCACGAUAAAUUUGAUUAUCAAUCAGGUGCCAACAACUUGGCGCUACUCUACUUAAAAGACUCGUUCGAGUUUUCUGAUCACAUCAGGACUAUAUGUGUGGCCAGUCCAAACAAAUCGUUCCAAGGACGACGCUGCACGGUUGCCGGAUGGGGAAAGAUAAAGUUCAACGAUCAAGAGUAUUCGAGCACCCUGAAGAAAGUGGACUUGACCAUAAUCGACAAUCACCAAUGUGAGCAACAGUUGAGACACACCAAGUUGGGCAAACACUUUACCGUCCCUGAGAACGCGAUUUGCGCCGGAGGUGAGCUAAACCAGGACGCCUGCGUCGGCGAUGGAGGAUCUGCCCUAUUCUGCCCUGGCGGAGAUGAGAGCCCUGGACAAUAUGUGCAGGCCGGCAUCGUGAAUUGGGGUGUCGGCUGCGGACAGAAGGACGUCCCUGCAAUGUACACCGAAGUCUCAAAGUUUUAUAAAUGGAUUCAGGAAAAUUCGUCAGGUUUUACAUUCAGAUCAAAUGUCUAGAUGAACCUUUAACAAAUUGAAGCAAAUAAAGUAAUCAUAUGGUCUUUGAAAAGGAAAUGCAAUUGCAAAAGAAAUAAAAGUUCGAUCAAAUAGGUUUUAAUGAAUAAAAUAUUUGUGUAACGCAACGAAAUAAGAUUGUCAAUAAAAAAAUAUUCUUACUCUUUGAG